UCACCAGCUCCUCUGCUAUCAUCCAGCCAACCUUCUGACAAGGAACCAAUGCCCAACCCCAGACCAGCCAAGCCAAUGGCCCCUUCUGUGGCCCUUGGCCUAUCCCCAGGAGUCUCACCAAGUUGGAAGGCUGCACCCAAGACCUCAGACCUCCUGGGGGCCAGGGGUCCUGGGGGAAGUUUCCAGGGCCGGGACCCCCGGGACCUCCGAGGUGGGGCCCACACCUCUUCCUCCUCCUUAAACCCCCUGCCACCAUCGCAGCUGCAGCUGCCUACAGUGCCCCUAGUCAUGGUAGCACCCUCUGGGGCACGACUGGGCCCCUCACCCCACUUGCAGGCACUUCUCCAGGAUAGAUCACACUUCAUGCAUCAGCUUUCCACGGUAGAUGCCCAUGCUGAAACUCCUGUGCUACAGGUGCGCCCACUGGACAGCCCAGCCAUGAUCGGCCUCCCACCACCUUCUGCUGCCACUGGGGUCUUCUCCCUCAAGGCUCAGCCUGGCCUGCCACCUGGGAUCAAUGUGGCCAGUCUGGAAUGGGUAUCCAGGGAGCCAACUCUGCUCUGCACCUUCCCAAGCCCAGGGGCACCCAGGAAGGACAGCACCCUUUUGGCUGCACCGCAGGGACCCUACCCACUGCUGGCAAAUGGAGUCUGCAAGUGGCCUGGAUGUGAGAAGGUAUUCAAAGAGCCAGAAGAGUUUCUCAAGCACUGCCAGGCAGAUCACCUCCCAGAUGAGAAAGGCAGGGCACAGUGCCUCCUCCAGAAAGAGCUGGUGCAGUCGCUGGAGCAACAGUUGGAGAUGGAAAAGGAGAAGCUAGGUGCUAUGCAGGCCCACCUGGCCGGGAAGAUGGCAUUGAUGAAGGCUCCAGCUAAGGCCUCAUUGGACAAAGGCUCCUGCUGCAUCGUAGCCACUGGAACCCAGAGCAGUGUCCUCCCAGCCUGGCCUGCUCCCCAGGAGGCUUCAGAUAGCCUCUUUGCAGUACGGAGGCACCUGUGGGGCAGCAAUGGAAACAGCACCUUUCCAGAGUUCUUCCACAACAUGGACUAUUUCAAGUUUCAUAACAUGCGGCCCCCUUUCACCUAUGCCACCCUCAUCCGCUGGGCCAUCCUGGAAGCUCCAGAGAAGCAGAGGACACUCAAUGAAAUCUACCAUUGGUUCACACGCAUGUUUGCCUACUUUAGAAACCACCCUGCCACCUGGAAGAAUGCCAUCCGCCACAACCUAAGCUUGCACAAGUGCUUUGUGCGAGUGGAAAGUGAAAAGGGAGCAGUGUGGACUGUGGAUGAGUUUGAGUUUCGAAAGAAGAGGAGCCAGCGCCCCAGCAGGUGCUACAACCCCAUAUAUGGCCCUUGAACUCAAAACCAAGGAAAGGAAGAAAGAUGGUCAGGGGCCAAAAUGGAGACUGAGGCAGUGGGAACAAGGGGGCAGGUCCUGGACUUGCCUACAGACAUCAGGAAAUAAGGUGUACACUAUCUCGCCUGUGAGGGAGCCUGUGCCCCAUCUAGCUGCCAUCCUUGAUUAUAUUUCUGCCCCAAGGCUGCUCAGAGGGGCAUCAGUCUCAGCCCAGGCCCUAACCCCAACCCAUACCCCAAGAUGAGCUCUCCAACCAAACAGAGCCCUCAU